AUGGGUCGGCUCGACAACAAGGUUGCCAUUGUCACCGGAGCUGGGUCGGGCUUUGGCGAGGCGAUCGCGAAGCAUUACGUCGAGGAGGGGGCGAAGGUACUCGUCUGCGACAUCAACAACGAAGCGGGCGAGAAGGUGGCAGCCAAUUCCGAGGCUUUCGCGUUCCAGCAUGUCGACGUUUCCAAGAAGCAAGAUUGGGAUGCCGCUAUUCAGCGAGCCGUAGAGCUAUGGGGCAAGGUCGACAUCCUCGUGAAUAACGCGGGCACCACCUACAAGAAUAAGUCAACAAACGAUGUAACCGAGGACGAGUUUGAUCGAGUCUUCGCUGUCAACGUUAAGGGCGUCUACUUGGGGUGCAAUGCCUACACGGCACAGGUGCUGAAGCAGGGCACUCCGGGCGCAAUUGUCAACAUUGCAUCGGUGGGAGCGCACCGUCCGAGACCCGGGCUGGUUUGGUACAAUGCGUCCAAGGGCGCGAUUACGAACGCUACCAUGGGCCUGGCGGCUGAAUACGGGCCCAAGAAGAUCCGAGUCAACUCCAUCUGUCCGCUCGCGACCAUGACCGGCCUGCUGGAGACGUUCAUAGGCUCUGCCAUUACCGAGGAUGUCAAGGCGAGCAUUGUAGCGGGAGUGCCGUUGGGAAGGCUGGGAGAGCUGCGCGAUGUCACAAACGCGGCCGUCUGGCUGGCGAGCGAUGAAGCGUCAUUUGUGACCGGAGUCAACUUGGAUGUCGAUGGAGGACGCGCCAUUUGA